GUGUCUAUCCUUCACUCUCUUUCUCUUUUUCUUAACUACUUCCUCUCUUUCUUGAACCAAUGGUUUCACAACUCUGAAGAAUCCGUGUGGGUAUGUGUUUGAAAAACCCUCCAAAACUUGGAAACUACUUUUGCUGUUUUCAGUUGUUUAAUUUACUUUCCUUCUCCUUCUUCUUCUCCUUCUUCUUCAUUCACUACUGCCUGUCAUGUCAAAAACCCUUUGAGUGCUUCCUUAUUAUUCUAUCACUACUUCUUUAUACACUAGUAUGAACUCAUGCCCAUCUAGCUUUAUAUACUCUUCCUCAUCACAGCAAAAUACCAGUAAUUCAAUGGGGAUGGUUUAUGAAGACAUGGCUUCUCUUUCUCUUUGCUCCAACUACACUCUCACCCCCUCCGCAGCCAGCUGGGGCUUCCCCUAUGAGGAGCACCCCACUCACAACAGUGAUCUUGCGGAGGGUACUACAAAAGGUUCUGAUAGCAGCGAAGAUAAUGGGGUUAUUGGAGAAAACAAUAACAACAACAACAACCCUAAUAAUAAAGAGGGAGAGAGUAGUAGCGGACAGUCAAAGCUUUGUGCAAGAGGUCACUGGAGACCAGCAGAAGAUUCAAAACUGAAGGAGCUUGUUGCUCUUUAUGGCCCUCAGAACUGGAAUCUCAUAGCUGAAAAGCUAGAAGGAAGAUCAGGGAAGAGUUGUAGACUGAGAUGGUUCAACCAGCUUGACCCGAGAAUAACGAGGAGAGCUUUCAGUGAAGAAGAGGAAGAGAGGCUGAUGCAGGCUCAUAGGAUUUAUGGCAACAAAUGGGCCAUGAUUGCAAGGUUGUUCCCUGGAAGAACCGAUAACGCUGUUAAGAAUCAUUGGCAUGUUAUUAUGGCUAGAAAGUAUAGGGAACAAUCCAGUGCUUAUAGGAGAAGAAGGCUCACACAAUCAAACAACUUUUACAGAAGAAUUGACCAUAACAAUAAUAAUAAUAAUAAUAAUAAUAAUGUAUCAUCAGAAUCAUCACCACCACCACACUGUUUUGUGGCUGGCUUCUCAUCACUACCGUUUCAUGGUGGUGUUCUUGACUUUGGUGCCAAUAAUAAGCCUUAUGCUGCUGUUGCUUCCUCUUCUUCUUCCACCUUCAAUUUCUUCUCUGGAGGUAGAGGCAAUAAUAAUAGUAGAGAGAUGGUAGGAGGAGAGUAUUAUUAUGGAAGUAAUCAUCAUCAUCAUUAUAAUCAGCAGCAAGCACAUAAUAAUAAUCAUGCUUACUACACUCGUUAUCCUAAUCAUCAGUAUAUGAUGAUGAUGAUGCCAUCAGUGCAACAGCAUCAAAACAACAACCAUAACAAGAAUUUUUACAGCUUCUCAUCAAAUUCAAGCACCACAGUAGCACAGGUGCUAGGCAGUGAUCCUUCACUAUCAUCCAUGGCAGAACAACAACACAGAGAUCAUGAAGAAGCCAGUGACCCCCCAACAACAAUCCCAGAGCCUCCGUUAUUUAUUGACUUCCUUGGAGUAGGAGCCACAACAUGAAUGAAACCAAAGUUUCUUUUUAUAUUUAUUAGAAAUUUAGAACCCAAAAAAAAAAAGAAAAAAAAAGCUGCAAGCCUUUAUUUCCAGCGGAGGAUUCUCAAUAUAGGUGUGGUCCAACAUUUGCUUAGAAGCCAUUCGAGGUAAACAGAAAGGAUACUUUGCUUCAGUUUGGUGACUGUGUACCCCAUUGCGUCACUUCUCUUAUUAACAUAUAUCAAACCUUUUCUCUCGUGA